AGGUUUUAAGCGCGUAUAAACAAAAUAUCGCGGGAAACCUAAAGUGUAUUUUUAUUGAUAGCAUAAAUGAAUUUAGUCAAUCCUAACCCAAGAAAUCAAUGUUAAUAUCAUUGAUCAACGUCUUUCACAGUAUUGCUCAAGCCUUCAUGGUCAUGGAAGAAAACUGGAGGUUGUGAUGACCGUAGAUUGUUCCUCCCAACGUCCAGAAAAUCAUUCCAUCGUGUCUGGUCGUCAAGCAAAGCAGAAAGAUGCCAAGGGCAAAGAGAUCUCGAAGGUUGAAAAUGAUUCAAAGAGGAAGCCUCGUGUAGACGGUGUUGACGAAGGUGAACCGAAAAAAAAGAUUGCACGACAGGAUAAAAACUUUGAUGGUAAAGAUUUGUCUUGUGGAGUUAUUACACGAAGUAAUUUAAGACCAGGAAAACGAACAAGGACUCAAACUCCAGAAAGAUCGCCUAGCGUAACACCAGAAUCUUCUAAAUCAGGAAACAAACAAUUGGAAACUGGCUGUACUCGUAAAAAGCGGCAAUGGGAGUCCUGGGCUUCAAAAGAAAAAGAUUGUUUCUUUGAAGCAUUGAUUGAACACAGCAAAGAUUUUGAUAAAAUUCAAACCUAUCUUAAAAAACGUCGUGGUGAUUUAUCAGCUGCCGUUAGAAAUAAAGAUCAAGUACGUCAUUUUUAUUAUAGAACUUUGAAUAAAAUUUCAAAGUAUAUUCCUGAACCUCAAGAUCCAUCUGACGCGAAGAAAACUCAUCACGAAGUUCGUAGUUUGAUCUGUUAUGGUGAAUUGCGUAAAAAAUUUCGUAGUUGGAAAGAAAAAGAUGGCAAGAAGCUUACAGAGUUGAUUUCAUCAGGAAAAACAACGAUUAGGUAUCAUGGCAGAAAUGUUAAUAUCCGUGCUCCCACGUGUCGAGUUUUGAAGAAACUGAAUACUAACGCAACAGAGGAUCAGGAACAAGUUCCGCAAAAAAUUAUGAUCGAACUAGUACCACGUGAUAAUCAAACUUGGAGUAUGGUUCAAAGCUUAGCCCAUAACCCUCGAUUGCGGACCGUUGUUUCCGCCCGAAAAACUUUGUCCAGUCUCAUGUCAUUUUUACUUUGCAAGUGGAAGCUACAAGAUAACAUUGAUAUUUCAUUAUCAGCCCAUGUUAACCAGUCGUGUUCUAAGAAUGUUGCAAGUAAAACAAAUAAUAGCGAAGCAAUCCCCAAAGGAAAACAAGGCAAUGAAGCUAAUGAAGUGUCUUCGAAUACUGAUGAAGUUUCUCGAUCAACUGAAACAUCUAAGGAUAAAGUCUGCAAGGCAUCUGGGAAGUCUGACGUCGUCAUAUCGUCUGUCAAAACCACCAGUAACAGCCCACCACAAACUGAAAAUGUGGCAGAUGCAAAGCAUAAUGGCGAAGAUAAACACGACGCUCUUAAUCAGGAAACAUGGAGUAGAUCAAACAGUGGCAGUCUAAUGAUUGCUGACAUCUAUCGUAAAAUGAACAAUCCCCGAAAGAUAUUGUUAGGCUACAGUAUGUGUCAAUGUGAACCUAAGAAAGAAACAAAUUAUGCUUUAGAGCAAUUAGUGAAGCUUGCCACAGGAGAAUAUCGUUUUAACAACAAAAAGGAAACUGUAAACAUGGCAUCAUCUAAACCAAAAGACACCACUGUGAUUGAAAGCAAAGCAACAAAGGUCAGUAAACCAAGGUCGACGGCUAAAACUCAGAAACCACUCGCUCCAAAACCACCGCAAGAAGUGAUCAUUCCAACUGUUGUAAGUCCAAUUAUUAAUCAAGUUUCAACGAACUCUUCAUCAAAGUCUGGCAAUCAUCGUGCUUUUAGUUUCACUCCUAUCAACUCAUUUCAACGUCCUUCGCCGAUUUUGCCAAAAUCAAGGAAGAGACAAUCAUCUCGUGUUGUUAUUCAAAGGACGUUAUUACCACGACCAUAUGCUCCUGUUGUGGGUCCGUCUGCUAAAACCAUAUCUCCCCUACCAUCUGUGCCUUCUCCAACAGGACUGGUAAAUCAGAAUUGUUUAACAAAUCCAGAGGUGAAAAAUAAACCACGAAGAAUUCUUCCAAAAGAAACCAAUAUUUCCAAUGGAGAAUCAUGUUCCAGUGCAGCCACAAUAUCCUCUACUGAGCAUCUGUCUGUCGACUCCUUGAUUAAACUUGCUAUGGGCCAAGAUAUACCCGAAAAUUUAGAAAGCUUAAUUUUACCGAACUCGUUAAAUCUUGAUAAGAGUUCGUCAGACAUAAGUCAUGUUCGUACCGAGGAAAUUGACCGUGGGGUAGCUUCAGGACAUGCUCAGAAAACUGUUAAAGAUGUUCAAAACUUGAACGACGCCAUUAAACAUCUUGAGUGUACAAAGCAAGAUCAUGUUCAACCAACCGACGACUUGCUCGAUAACUUGAAGUCUUCUGAGGAUGAAGAUCCGCUCACAUUUUUGUCUCCUUCGCAUUUAUCAAAUUUUCCGCCAGAGGGUUGGUUAAAUGAAGAGAGUACUGAUUUUUCGCUUGGUACACUUUUCUCCCAGUUGGAAACCUCACCUGUAAAACAAAAGCCAAGCAGUGUUCUUGAUACUCCUAAAAAGGCUGGAGCUGCAAGUGAUUCUGACUCGAAAUACAAUCAGGCUGCUCCAAUGUUCUGCGAUAUAAUGGAUGAAAAUAGCGUAGAUUAUGUGAAGAAAUUUCGUGAUCUGGCCAAAAAGAUGGGAAAUGAUCACGAAUCGAGUUCUUCGGAUAAUGUUGACUCGUUACCUUCUAGUACAAUCAGUUUCAAAUCGCUUCUAUCAGAAUCUUCGAAAGAUUAAUUAUA